AACCACAGUCAAUGGUCGCUAACUUAAAACCCGCGCGCACCCGUUACGUGAUUGUCGGGACGUUUCCUCAGGGCAAUCAUUUUGGGUAUGACUCUUGGAUAACACCUGUAAUCUUGGUUUUUAGCUUGAUGUCUCUCAUUUGGCUGACGCUGCUGAUCUCAGCCCAUCUGGCUGAAUGUGUGCCAGAGAAGCCAAAGAGGUCAGCUCUGAACCAGCUGACCAGGACCCUGCUGAGGAACUACGACUGCGGCGUUCGACCUGUUCACAAUUGGACCACUCCUACUACUGUCUACAUAGACCUGACACUACGGUCUGUCCUUGAUGUGGAUGGAAAGACUCAGAGCAUCACUACAAGUAUUUGGUACAGACAGGUCUGGACAGAUGAGUUCCUGGUUUGGGAUCCAGACGAGUUUGAGGGUAUCAAAGAGAUCUCGCUGUCAUCUGAAGCUAUCUGGAUACCUGAUGUUAUCAUUAGUGAAUUUGUGGACGAAGGGAAGUCCCCCCCGAUCCCCUACGUUUACGUCAACUCUUCUGGCUCAGUAAAGAACAAACGGCCCAUACAGGCAGUGCUAGCUUGCACUCUCGAGAUGUAUGCCUUUCCAUUUGACAAGCAGAAUUGCAGCCUCACCUUCCGAAGUUUGUUGCACUCAGUGCAAGAAAUAAACUUGGCCCUGUUGAGGAAUGAAAACACCACUGCUAAUGAUAGAAAGCAGUUCAUGAAUGAUGGAGAAUGGGAACUGCUGUCCAUUCCUUCACGCUACCGGCUGAGUCAACAAAACGAAACUGAAUAUGCCUACAUCCAGUUUAACGUGUUGAUUCGCCGGCGCCCCCUGCUGUACGUGGUAGGACUCCUCAUCCCGAGCAUCUUCCUCAUGUUGGUAGAUGUGAUGAGCUUCUACCUGCCUCUGAACAGCGGUACACGCAUCACCUUUAAGAUCAGCAUACUGCUCGGCUACACCGUCUUCAGAGUCAACAUGACAGAUGAACUGCCUGUUACUGCUGUCAGAACUUCACUCAUUGGGGUAUUCUUUGUGGUGUGCAUGGCCCUGCUGAUGCUCAGUCUGAUCAAGUCUAUACUGGUUGUGAAGCUGCUUCACUACAGUGAGAAGGAGGUCAAGGAAAUGUCAGUGUCUGCCUGCCUGUUGGACAAGUACGGCUCAGCUGGUCAUGUCUUUACUGAGAGUGCUUUAACUUCCAUCAAAACCCUCGACCACAUAAACCCGUCUGGAGACUAUGAGCUUGAAAACUCACUGGAUGAGGAUCUGCUGUCCCUGAAUGAGAUCCAGGAUACUCCCACUGGGCUGGAGUGGCUCCUCCAAGAGCUGGUUUCCCUCCGUCUAGCUUUUUCCCAGGAGGACAGCGAGUCUGCAGCUCAGAGCGAAUGGCUGGCCCUCUGCUCUAAGCUCGACUGCUUCCUGUUUCGCCUUUAUCUGCUGGUUCUGGGCUUGUAUGCUGGAACGCUGCUGCUGCUCUGGGUCAACUGGAGCUUUGCUUGACUUAACUGCACAUUUAAAAACAGUUCUUGCCUAUGUCCACAGUACUUGCAGAGAUAAAUACUGCACUGUUGCUGUGUAUAGAAUAAACCUGAUUUAAAUAAAAAUAUAGGCUACUUCAAGAAGUGCUCAUAUAUAUUUAACCUAAGAAACCACUGGUUACAACACACUUUAUUUGUAUAUCACUGUUGUUGACACAGCGCUUUAAAAUGAUGAUUAUAUGUUGCAAUGUGGCUGUUUUUUGACUGUUUUUAGUUUCAGUCACAGUUUUGGACCUUUGGGGUCUAAGAACAGGAUGUGGUCAAAACAACAGUUUAUUCAGAUUAUAUAAAUUAUUAAAAAAAACUAUGUUUAUUACUGACAGAUUGAGUAAUGCCUUUUAAAUAGCCAGUACAAAUAUUUGGCAAAACUGCAAAAAGUACACUUGAAGUCUUCUGGAGCAAUAGCUACUCUUUAAAUAUGCUGCUCGCGUAACCGCCACCGCUCUAGCCAUCGUAGCACUGUAUCAUCAUUCUGACAAAGACAUUAUUGUAUCGGCUCUGUUAUUAUGUUUCCCGGCAGUGAAGAUUUACUCAGAGAUACUGUACAAUAAAGUAGCUCUCAGGAGAAAAUUCUCACUUCCAGUGUGAUGCUAUGAUAUUGUAUUCAUACUUUAAUCUCCAUCCUACUGCCACAAAAUGGAUCAGUGAAAACCUUUCAGAGCUCAGCUGCUGUGUCUCUACUCCCUGGUGGUUUCCUAAUAGUCCUAAUAAGAAUAUCAAAUGUGCACAGAAAACUUGCCAGUGUAACGAUCAAUAUUAAUGUAGUUUUGACGGUAUCAGCAACCUCUUUUUUCCAGUAUAUCUGGUUACACGAUG